UCUGCAAACUCCUUCCUUCCUUACCUUGUUAGUCCUGCUUUCUUGUCAUUAUAAUUGUAUAAUUAUUGCAAAUUGUUUGUGAGAAUUUAAUAGGAAUGGCGAAUGCUCCGGUGAAAAUAAUUAUUCCAUGCUGCACUUUGAUGUCUAAAUCCAAUAAUGUUCUCCUCGUAACAAAUGUCAGCAAACGAUGUUUAAGCUCAUGGUGGUCUCAAGUGGAGAUGGGUCCUCCGGACGCCAUCUUGGGGGUCACAGAGGCGUACAAACGCGACACAAACCCCAAGAAAAUCAACCUCGGUGUCGGUGCGUACAGAGAUGACAACGGCAAACCCUACGUGCUGCCUAGUGUUCUCAAGGCUGAGCAGAAGAUAAAAGAGAAGAACAUGGACCACGAGUAUGCUCCAAUUUCUGGUUCUGCUGACUUCUGCAACUUGAGCAUUAAACUUGCUCUCGGGGAUGACAGCACGCACGUUAAGGAAGGCCUGAAUGCGACUGUGCAGGGAAUUUCAGGCACAGGAUCUCUAAGGAUAGGCGGAGCUUUCCUGGCAAAGUUUUUCCCAUACAACAAGGAACUUUAUUUGCCAACCCCCUCCUGGGGCAAUCACAACCCUAUCUUCCUACACUCUGGCCUCAAAGUGAACAAAUACCGCUACUACGACCCCAACACCUGUGGGUUUGACUUUAAAGGUGCCCUGGAAGACAUUAAUAAAAUCCCAGAGCAGUCGAUCAUCCUGCUGCAUGCUUGCGCACACAACCCAACGGGGGUCGAUCCUCGUCCUGAACAGUGGCAGGAACUGUCACAGGUCAUCAAGAAGCGAAAACUCUUUCCUUUCUUCGACAUGGCCUACCAGGGCUUUGCCUCAGGAGAUGUAGUCAAAGACGCUUUUGCAGUCAGAUUAUUCCUGAAAGAGGGUCACCAAAUUGCUCUUGCUCAAUCUUUUGCAAAGAAUAUGGGUCUUUAUGGUGAGAGAGCUGGUGUGUUCUCUUUGAUCACCUCCAGCAAAGAUGAGGCAGCUCGUACUCUGUCUCAGAUCAAGAUUCUGAUCCGUCCGAUGUACUCUAACCCGCCAAUCCAUGGAGCGAGAGUGGUUGCUGAGAUACUGGGAGACCCAGCUCUACGACAGCAGUGGUUAGGUGAGGUCAAGGGUAUGGCUGACAGAAUCAUUUCUGUGCGAACGUCUCUCAAGGACAACCUGAAAAAGGAAGGAUCGACGAAGGAUUGGUCCCACAUCACUGAUCAGAUCGGCAUGUUCUGUUAUACAGGGCUGCAACCUGCUCAGGUUGAGCGGCUUACCAAGGAUUUCAGCAUUUACUUGACCAAGGAUGGUAGAAUUUCAAUGGCUGGAGUAACCUCUAAGAACGUAGAAUACCUUGCACACAGCAUCCACCAGGUCACCAAGUAGGCCUAAACAACUGCGCCAGUGCCUUCCAAACUACUCUGCUUAUUGUAUUACUAACUACAAACGUGAAUUAUAUAACUAGGUGUAUAACUGUAAGUCAAUGUGUUAAACAUAAACUUAUCUUUACCAAUUGCAAAAGCUUUGUACCGGGAAAAUAAUUAAUUUACUUUAAAAUUCACGUUUUUGUACAUUCAGCAUUUACAAAGUCUUCUCUUGGAUUUUAGUCAUCUCGAUACUGAAUAGUUAGUACCAUUUACAAUGAUUGGUAAAGCAUACAAAAUGUGCGCUCUUUCAUUUAUUAGCUUGGAUGAAGAUAACCUCUAAGAAAUUAUUAGACAAACUAGAUAUGAUUAUUUAGCACAUUCAGGAAUAAAUAAACACUUCAUUCACUUCUACCAUUGACUAUUGGAUACUGAAGUUUUUAUUAAUAGUCAAAGCUUCUACUGUUACUUAAAACUUUGUUCAAAUAAAUCUAGCAUUUAAUUUUGCCUGAACUCUGACAUUUUGUUAGUUGCAUCAAUCAUUACUUUGUAAAAAAAAAAUAACUGAAGCGUAUUACUUGACAACAAAUUGAAAUAUCCUGAUAAGAGUAACAGAUAUUAUCCUUCCUGAAAUUAUAGUAACUGCCAUCCAAUUCACCUAUGACAGCUCAAUGCAUAAAUUAAUUGAUGUUAUAUUUUUACACAUAUUAUUGGAUAUUCACUGCUUAGAAAUAUGUACAUAUUAAUUAAUUGUUAGUUUUGCUUUGCAACUUUUUGUUGAUAGUCGGCUUAUAGAUAGAAAUUUUAUUUAAUCCAUUAAGGAUAUAUAUUAAUGCAGUUUGAGUUCUGAUCAAGUAGGCGUUAUUCCCCAAGCUAUUUUAUACAGAUUUUUUUACUAUCAUUAGAAAGUACCAGUAGGCCCUAUACAUAUAUAUUUAUUUUAACUUUGUCAAAUAUACCAUUUGCUACCUCAGUUUAGAAUGAAUUGAGUGAAAGAGGUACAACAAUAUAAUGAAACUAUAACGUAUGUAUUGUUAUUCUUAUUAUUAUUUUUAAAUUGUGAAAUGUAUAUUUAUUGUUUAUCGUUGCAUUUAUAAUAUUGUUUAUACACUUAUUAUUUACAUCGUAACAAAUAUGUAUUCAGGAUCUAAAUCUUUAAAAGCAUUGUUUAUCAUAGAUAUUACGAAUGUAUAAGAUGUACACAAUGUUUAUCUCCUUAGGCCUUGUAUAAUACACAAUGUGAUCUAAAGUUAGCUUUAAAAGCACCCAAAUUGUAUUUUAGCCUUAAAGGGAUACAUAAAGUUAUAUUAUUAAAA